AUGAAUAAUUAAAGUGGAAAGUAUAUUAAACUGAAUCUAUUCUCUAAAUUGAAAACCAUUAUGAAACGUAAAGGACAGGCAGAUACAGAAACUAUCAGAACCGAAUGGAGUUAAAUGAUUGCUGACAAUUCAAGAAUUGAAUCUCGCAAACAUUAUCAAUAAAGAAAGAGACUCUACUACAUAGCUACUGUCAACUCAGUCUUUAUGCGCAAUUAGUAUUUUAUUCAGAAUCUCCCUGAGCAAGAGGACUAAUUGCUAUAAUAAGAACAACCACCAAAUUAGAGUGAAGAAUCCAAAAUGAUUGAAACUGUCUAGAAUCUGGACACUAUCAAGAAGAUAGUCAAAGUAAGAUUACCUACAGAUUUUGUAUUAGUCAUCUGGAACAUAUAUAUUAUGAUAUUAAUAUUUAGUCAAAUGCUCUUAAUACCCUUAGUGCUAUCAUUUGACAUCAACAAUGAAGGUAUCUCUAUAUAUGAUUGGAUUGUCAACGGAUGUUUCUACGCUGACAUACUCCUACAAUUUAAUACAGCAAUCUAUAUUGAUGGCAAUCUCGUCUAAGAUAGAAUUGUAAUUGUCAAAGAAUAUUUAAAAUUGUGGUUUUGGAUAGAUGUCAUCAGUUCCUUUCCAUAUGAUAUCAUUUUUGAUUCACCUGAAAUGCAAAGUAAAGCCCAAGUUAUCAAACUAUUGAGGUUCAUAAAAUUUAUAAAAGUAAUUCGUUUAUUAAGAGCUUUAAAAUUGAAGAAAAUAUUCGGGAGAAUAGAAGAAUACAUUAGUGUGAUGGAAUCCUUAUUUUAAUUCACUUAGAUGUUGAAACUAAUAAUACUAAUACUCUGUAUAGCACAUUGGUGUGCCUGUGUAUGGAAUCUAUUUGUAGAUGGAGGAGAUUCCAAUUGGGCUGCAGAAUAUAAAAUACAAGAUGAAGAUUGGACUGUCAAAUACAUGACAUCCAUCUAUUACAGUAUGACUACCAUGAUAACUGUGGGAUAUGGAGAUGUUCAUGCCUAUUCCUAUCAGGAGAUGAUCUAUGCAAUAUUCUUAAUGUUGUUAGCAUCUGCAGUGUUUGGUUAUACUACUAAUAUUGUGAUGGAAUUGUUUAGUAAUCAAUAUGAUAAGUUUAUUGAAAGAGAAUAGAAUAUCAAGAGUUAUUUAAAAAGGAAAAAGAUAGAUGUCUCAUUGGCAUCAAGAGUUACUAGUUAUCUAGAAUGGUUAUAGAUCUCAUAUGCUAAAUCUUAGUAACAUGAAUCAACCGUUAUUGACAGUCUAUCAGCCAAUCUUAAAAGUGAAGUCAUCUGUCUCAUUAAUAGUAAAAUCAUUGAGAAAAUACCAUUCUUUGAAACCUUCUCCAAAGAUCUACUAAGCAAUAUUGCCUAUAGAUUAUAAGAGAAAGUAUUUGGUCCUGAGGAGAUGAUAUUUGAAUAAGGAUCAAUUGGAGAUGAAAUGUAUUGCAUUGUAAAUGGUUCAAUCCAAGUCAAGUAUUUCUAAACCAGAAUUGCUAAUCUAGGCAAAGAUGAAAUAUUCGGAGAAAUCUGUCUAUUCUCAGAACAAACUAGAAGUGCCACCAUCAUAACAGAAGACUUUGUUAAUUUAUUGGUCCUAAAAAAGGAACCAUUCCUUAUGAUCAUCAAACAAUUAUAGAACGACCUAGAAAAGUAUCAUCAAAUCAAAUACUACCUUGAAAUUGAAUAAGACUAUUCCGUUCUUGAUAUUAGAUGUUACAUUUGUCAGGAAUUCCAUUUGGCUUUGAAUUGUCCAAUGGCACAUCUGAUCAUAGACAAAUAAGUUCUAUUUCUAGAACCACAUAAAUAACUCUGUCCUAAACCUAGGUUUAAGAUUAAACACAAGCACUCAUACAAAUAUUUAAGAGAUCAAACACAUCUGAGAGCAUUGAAGAAAUUACAUCAAAAAUUAAUGAAAUUACAUUUAUUAGGUAGAUAGAGUAUGAUACUCAAACCUUAACAAUAGAAAAUAGAUAAUAAUUUCAUAGACUCAGAACAUUUUGAAAUUGAUUAAGUGAAAUAGUUUGAAUUUUAUAUUACAAAAGGAAACGUAGAUGAAAUCAUCCUUAGUAUCAAUCUCAAUGCAGACAUUAAAUUGAAAUAAAUCUAAUAAGAAAAGGAAAGCAGAGUGCAAUAAAAAAAGAUGUAAUUAUCUCGAGUCAGAAAGGCUAUCUUACACAAUCCAUUUCUUGGUGUAGUCAAAUAGAAGAAUGAUCCAUCAACUAUCUUUUCAUUGUAAGUUCCACAAUAACAGAUUCAAUAAAUAUGCUCUCCAUCCCCUCUCCAAACCAAACGAAACAGAAUGAAUUAAGUUAAAAAUAUGAGACAGCAUUCCUAAUCCUAAUUAAUGAAAGCAUUAUCAAGAUAAGAUAAUAAAUAACAAUAUCACAAAAGUCAAUUUAUGCCUAUAGAUAAUAAUGAUGAAGUAGAAAUCGAAGUUGAAGAAAGCAUAUAGAAAUUGAGAUCUAUCAGAAUUAAUAAUUUCCCUUAAGAACCACAAAUCAAACCUAAAAGAUCUUCAUCAUUUAAAUAAAGGAAAACCAGAAAAUUAAGCCUCUAAGAAAAGAGAAUACUAACCAUCAUCAAGUAAGCCGAAUUAGGUUUAAAGAAUUGUGUGAUGAAUUAUACAUGA